AUGGGUGCCUAUAAAUAUUUGCAAGAAAUCUAUCGUAAAAAGCAAAGUGAUGUUAUGCGUUUUAUAUUUCGUAUUCGCACAUGGCAUUAUCGACAAUUAGCUGCCAUUCAUCGUGCACCAAAAUCAACACGACCUGAAAAGGCUCGUCGUGUUGGCUAUAAAGCUAAAGCCGGAUAUGUUAUCUAUCGUGUGCGCGUUCGACGUGGUUCACGAAAGAAACCAGUACCAAAAGGUCAAGUCUAUGGUAAACCAAAACAUCAAGGUAUAAAUCAAUUAAAAUUCCAACGUUCAUUACAAUCAGUUGCUGAAGAACGUGUUGGACGUCGUUGUCCAACAUUACGUGUUCUUAAUUCAUAUUGGAUUGCACAAGAUGCAACAUAUAAAUUUUAUGAGGUUAUUCUUAUUGAUCCAUGCCAUAAAGGUGUUCGUCAUGAUCCACGUAUUAAUUGGAUAUGUAAAUCUAAUAAGAAACAUCGUGAAUUACGUGGUUUAACAUCAGCUGGACGAAAAUCUCGUGGACUUGGUCAUGGUCAUCGUUAUUCACUUACAACAGGUGGUUCACGUCGAAAAUGUUGGAAACGUCGACAACAACUCAGUCUUCGACGAUAUCGUUAA